CAAACAACUCUGCUCUGAAUGCCGGGCGGUUUGUGGUUUGGUUUGUUUUUUGAAAAAAAUUAUAAUUUUAGUUAUUUUUGCAAUUGGAUCUUUGCAUAUAAUUCCUUGCAAUAAAACCAAUCGAAAGGGUGGAGGGGGGGCAGAAACCUCGCGAUGCAAGCUCGUCGUUCUGCAAAGAGAUCGAUUCUGGGCAGCCGGGUUUGCGCUCCAAGUCCGGCCGGGGAUGGGCAGCUCAUCCCCGGGGUGAUCCAGGCGCUGAAAUCCGAAAACAAGGAGUGUGGGGGACGAUGCAACCUAUACAUGGUCAUGCUGGAGGAUGGCACCCUGCGGGAAUACCCAGAGGAGGAGAUCGUUGUGAUGGGACCCGGCUUGCACACCCACGGCAACAAAGUGCAGAUGAAAUGCAGAGAGAAGCUCUAUUGCAAUGGCCGAGACUUGUCUUCUGUUGCAACAUUGCAUGAUCAAAGCCACGUUGAGAACUACCAGAAGAUGAUGGAGCAGCAGUUGCCCCUAGUGCGAAAGAUUGAAGCUAUGAAGAUAUUGGAAACUAAAAAGAUCAGCUGGAUUCAGGAUCACGACAAGGAUCACAUGCGCCCAAUUGGUGCUAUUUCAGAUCAGAAAAGGAAAGUUGUUUCUUCCAACAUUGAUGUCCCUCGUGCAAGAAACUUCUCUGAGGAAAGGGAGAUGGACAAAGUAACUGCAGCAAUGGUCCUGACUAGCCUGUCCACCAGCCCGCUGGUCCGCAGCCCUCCCCCCGCAGUGCGUGUGGCGGAUCAGAAUGGUUCUUGGAAGGAGCUGACUAACAUGUCAUCGAGCUACAGCAGCAGUGGCAACUGGAGCUGGGGGGCCCCGAGUGACCAGUCAAACCCAUCGACGCCAUCACCUCCCUUAUCGGCUGACAGCUUCAAACCUUUCCGUGCAACUGUGCAGCAAGACGACAGCAUCGAUGAGGCAGAAUCCAGCAACCUGAUGUUUGAUGAACCCAUUCCGAGGAAGAGAAAGAACUCCAUGAAAGUCAUGUUUAAGUGUUUGUGGAAGAAUUGUGGAAAAGUGCUGAGCACUGCGGUAGGGAUCCAGAAACAUAUUCGUACCAUCCACUUGGGCCGAAACGUAGAUUCAGAUUGCAGUGAUGGUGAAGAGGACUUCUAUUACCAGGAGAUUAAACUGAACACUGAUUCUGCAGCUGAGGGUAUAGGUAGCCUUUCCCCAAUGUCACCAUCAGUGGCGUCUCCACCUACGCUCUCGAGCCUGGACUUAGGACGACCUGAAACCACCGUCACAAGAACCGAAACCAAAACUACAACUCCUCUGAGUCGGUCCGCACCGACCCGCCUCUACCUGGUCCACACUGACCAUGCUUAUCAGGCCACAGCACCGGUUAAUAUUCCUGGAUCAAAGUUCACGCCAACCAGCAAUGGAUUCAGCAUCUCCUGGCAAUCUCCACCAGUCACCUUCACGGGCAUCCCAGUUUCACCGACCCAUAAUCAUUCCGUGGGUGCUGGAGAACAACGUCAACAGCCCCUUUCUUCACAACCCUCUCCACCGAGACCUGUUGUUGGAGCAAGAAAAAUCCGUGGGGAAGGAAAGAAAUGCCGAAAAGUGUAUGGUAUGGAAAACCGGGAUAUGUGGUGUACUGCCUGCCGUUGGAAGAAAGCUUGUCAAAGAUUUAUUGAUUAGAAACGAGUUGUGAAAGGCCUUUUGAGACAAAUUUUUGGGCAGCUAUUAAGAAUAGUAUUUUGGAGCACUAAACUUUUUUAAAUAAAUGUAUAAAUGUAGCAGCAACAUUCAUAUCAAACGAGUUGCACUUAAAAGAAGUCUAUGUGGAACUGAGCGGCAAACAGGCUACUCAGAUAUCAGUGAUGGAAGAUACAUUACAUGGAAAUCUCAUUCUGUGAGCAAGUGGACUCGAGUGAUGAGGCAGUUCUGAAGCACAUGCUUCUUUAAUGGUUUGAAGUAUUGACUGACCAGGAAAUGAAGAAUACUGCAUUGCAAAUUUAUUAUUUAGUCGUGGAGGCUUCUCAGGAAGCACGAUGGUUGUGAACAUAUUUCAAACCAAUGAAGCAUUAAUGUGGUUAAUAUUUUUGCCAUGAUUUCACUGUUCUCUUGAUUAGUAUUACAUGCAAUUUCUUUAAAGUUUUACGGAACAAAGCAUUCUGUAUAGAACACAAGUCUUCUCCCAACUUCAUCUCAUACUAUCAACAUACCCUUCCACUUUAUCCUAAUGCAUUUGCUACCUUUCCCCUUAAACUAUGUUAUUUGUUCCAGACACUCAAUGCAAUAACAAGUUCCGCAUUUCACAAUUCUGGUAAAAAAUAUUAUCUUCCACCGGUGUUUCUUAUAUGUUCUUUGCAUCAGCUAUUUACUGUACAUGAGCAAAGUGAAUAGGUGGAUUAUUGCAUCCAAUUGAAGGCUUUAGAAUGUAUGUCUUUAUCUUCUGGGAGUUUGAGAGGGAACUGCAAGAGUGGGAUCUGUGGAAUGGAGGAUGAAAUCAUUUCUUCCCACCGGUGUGAAAAUCUUCAUGGAAAGCAAAAUUGAUGUGUUGCAACAUAAAAAAAGACAAUGUGGAACACCAGCCAAGGACCUUUGUUUUUAAUUGCAAAAAAAAGUAACAAACAGCUACGUAGUUUUGAUUACAAACUAGUGGACUUGUUAGGGAUGUGCAUUGAACUGGAUCAUUGAACAAGGAAUGUGCAAUUGAACUGAUGCCUGUUUUUUGUAACUUUACCACUGGAGGGUACCAGGGUUUGUUUAAAGUUUGUCAUGUUGGCUGCAGUCCUCUCUAACUUGUAAGCUUAUACAACACAUUCUCGGUGUGGCGGCAACACACCUAACCUAUGGCGAGACAGUGGUGUGAAUGUUCACAGUAAGCACGAAGGAAGUGAGUUGUCGGAAUGAAAAGCUCACCCUCUGAAGAAUGUAUCUGAAAUUAAUGGAGAUAAAAUCAAGUUGAUUCUGUAACAAGUAAUUACCUACUCCAUUUUAUUGCCAAGCAGGCAGUGAGGAUGAAAAUUACCCAUAAAUUGUUGGCAUUUCUCUUGGCUGGUAAAAUGAUAUACGGUAUUGAAAUGUCAACAUGCAUAUAAGCCAUUUCUUACAGAAAAUUGGAAACCAAUCUCCUGUGUGAAAAUGAAAGGAUAUAUAUCUUUCAUUACACCCAGCCAAAUAAAGCUGCCACUGCAGGAAAUAGCAUGUGGUUCAACUGUUUUUGAUAAACUGGGCUGUAACACCAUGAGCAAAAUGCCUCAGAUUGAUGAUUGUACGGAAUUAAGUGAUCGGAAACAUCAUACCAUUGAAGCAGCUAUUUUGAUAAACGAGGAAACCAGACAAAUAAUUUUAAAAUUGUGUUGAUUUGCAUUUCUCCUAAAAUAUUAAAUAUGCUUUAAAAUACUUUCUGAACAAUAGAGAUGUAAUU